CCCGCUCCAGAAUCGCGCUCUGGACCCCUCGUCCAUUAGUUCGCUGAGCGCGAAUGGGUGAGCUAGCGCGGCGUUCCUGCCCAAGGCGGUCAGGGGAGCGGCGCUGGGGCCCGGGACCCGCGCGGAGACUCCGCCCCGGAAUCCGAGAAGGCUCCCUUGAGCCGGGGUCGGAGCUGCGCCUGGAGGGGUCUCGGCCUAGGGAUGAUCAGGGUGGGCCGGGACACAGUCCUGGCCACGGGCAGGUCGCGUGCCAAGGCCACCAGGUGUGAGGGGUCGGGUGCGAAGCCCCAAGUCAGACGCGGGUGCGAAGGCUGCAGCUCUGCCCUCCGGGAUGGGGGUGGUCCUCUCACCCCACCUUGCCCCAAGAAGCAGGGAGCCCUGGGCGCCCCUGGCACUGGAGCCCGGGACCCGCCUCGCCUGAGCCCUGCGGAAGACCUCACGGUAGGUUCUUCGCCCCUUCACCUCCGGGCCUGGGCCUGGGCCAAGGCCGGGCUGGGGCGGGGCUGCGGCUUCAGGGCGCUGGGUCCCUGCCCCUUCCGUGCACCGCGCGGCUCCUCGCACCGCAGCGGCACCAGCGCCACCACGGACCGCCCCAGCGCCCGCCCGACGGCGUCCCGCCGCGCUUUAAGAGCCAGCCCCGCAGUCCAGCCCGAAGAGGCCAGACCAGCGAGACCACCCUGCGGGAGCAGUCCCAUGGCAGACCAGCUGGCCCUGGUGAUCGGGGGCACCAUCGGGGGGCUGCUGCUGCUGCUGUUGAUCGGGGCAAGCUGCUGUCUGUGGAGACGGUUCUGUGCCACCCUCACCUAUGAGGAGCUGCCUGGAACACCAGCCACGGCCACUGCAGCUGCCUCCAGUGGACAGCGGGACAGGCUCUGCCAGCCACAUGCUAGGACCCCACCAAGCAGGCCACCAGGUGUGCCAUUUGUGGUGCCCCCUUCCCUUCAAGGCCGAGACUGGGUGCCCCUCCACAGCGGAGAGUGGGCCCACACCCCAUGGGACCCCCGCCUGGCAUCAGAGCUGCUGCCUCACAACCCCAGCGGUGGCCUUGGAGAUGCAUGUAAGGUGGGGACCAUCAAUCCAGAGCUGUACAAGUUCUCAGAAGACAGCAGUGAGACCGAAUUCCCUGCCGGCUGCCUAGGGCGGCUGUGGUUCUCGGUGGAAUAUGAGCAGGAGGCCGAGCGGUUGCUGGUGGGCUUGAUCAAGGCACGGCAGCUACAAGCCCCCUCAGAGACCUGCAGCCCUCUGGUGAAGCUCUACCUGCUGCCUGAUGAGCGGCGCUUCCUCCAGUCCAAGACCAAACACAAAACCUGCAACCCGCAGUUUGACGAGCACUUCAUCUUCCAGGUGUCCAGCAAGACCGUUACCCAGAGGGUGCUGAAGUUCUCCAUCUACCAUGUGGACAGGCGGAGGAAGCAUCAGCUCCUGGGCCAGGUGCUGUUCCCCUUGAAUAAUGAGACCCUGGCAGGGGACUGCCGACACAUCAUCUGGAGAGACCUGGAGCCCGAGAGCCUGGAGCCCCCCUCAGAGUUUGGCGACCUCCAGUUCUGCCUCAGCUACAAUGACUACCUGAGCCGCCUGACGGUGGUGGUGCUGCGUGCCAAGGGCCUCCGGCUUCAGAAGGACAGGGGCGUUGUCAGUGUGUUUGUCAAAGUGUCUCUGAUGAACCACAACAAAUUUGUCAAGUGCAAGAAGACCUCAGCUGUGCUAGGCUCCAUCAAUCCUGUGUACAAUGAGACCUUCAGCUUCAAGGCCGACGCCACUGAGCUGGAUACCGCCAGCCUCAGCCUGACCGUGGUGCAGAACAUGGAAGGGGACACCACAGCCACAAGCAUGGACGUUUCAUUCAACCGCUCCCUGAGCUGCGAGGCCAGCCCGAGCCAGUGGGAUGUGAGUGCUGAUGUGCAGGAGAGAAGAGGGGACGAGGAAGCCCCAGCCCCGUCAUCAGACAUAUGCAGGGCAAGAAGUAUAUGGAUGCUUACCAUGAACCAGAGAGACCUGGCUGAGGUUGUCUCAAAUCCUGUCCACAUGGCAACUCCACAAGAAAGAUGCCCCUUAAAUUUCCAUAAAAGACCUUAUAAUCAGCGAGUCGAUUUCCACAAAAUAAAGUGCUAGAAUUUGAUUGGAUUUAAUUGAUUAUGUAGAACAAUUUGGGGCCAUUUGAAAUCUUUAAAAUCAUCUAUCUUCCUGUUCAUUAACAUGGUAUAUCACUUCUUUAAGUCUCUUGUACAUAUCUUAGAAUUAUUUUUGCGGUUUUCAGUAAAGUGUUCUUGCACAUCCUUCAUUAGAUUUAUUCUUAGGUGUUUUAUAUUUGUUUAUGGCUAGUAUAUACAGAUUCUGUUGCUAAAAAUCUAUGUUGACCUUGUUAUCCAGUGAGUGGCCUUGCAAUAUUCAUUUAAAUUAUAAUAAUUUACAGAUUUUUUUUUGUAUAAUCAUGUCCUCUGUGAAUGACAGUUUUCUUUCUUCCUUUCUUAAUCUUUAUGCUUUAUUUAUCUCUUGCCUACUUGCAGUAACCAAGCAACUGAACAAAAAAGAAAGAAAGAAAAGGAAUCCAGAUCGUAAAGGAAGAAGUAAAACUAUAUUUGCACAUGACAUAAUCUUAUGCAUGGAAAAUUCUAAAGGAUCCACACACAAAUAAAAACUACUAGAGCUAAUACAUUCAGAAAGGUUGCAAGAUACAAGAUUGGUAUCCAAAUUUCAGCCGCUAGGACCUCCAGCAGAAUGCUGACUAUAAGUAGUGAGAGUGGGUAUUCUUUUUUUUUUUUUUUUUUUUUUUUGAGACGGAGUUUCGCUCUUGUUACCCAGGCUGGAGUGCAAUGGCUCGAUCUCGGCUCACCGCAACCUCUGCCUCCUGAGUUCAGGCAAUUCUCCUGCCUCAGCCUCCUGAGUAGCUGGGAUUACAGGCACGCGCCACCAUGCCCAGCUAAUUUUUUGUAUUUGUAGUAGAGACGGGGUUUCACCAUGUUGACCAGGAUGGUCUCGAUCUGUUGACCUCGUGAUCCACCCACCUCGGCCUCCCAAAGUGCUGGGAUUACAGGCUUGAGCCACCGCGCCCGGCCUAUAGUGGGUAUUCUUGUCUCACUCACAAUCUCAGGGGCGGUGGGUGGGGCAUGGGGACAGCUGUCAAUAUUCAGCAUGAAGUAUGAUAGUUGCUAUAGGAUUUUUAAUGUGCUCAUGAACAUAUAUUCUCAAGCUGUUAAAAAGGUUUUUUAAAAAAUCACAAAUGAGGUUAAAUUUCUCUCAGAUACUUAUUCUGCACCUUUUGAAAUAAUUAUAUUUUUCUCCUUUAUUCUUUGGACGUGAUGACUUAUACUAAUUGACUGUUGAAUGUCAAACCAAACUUACAUUCUUGUAAUAGAAACUAGUGGGUUACGUGUUUGCGUGUGUAUGCAGGUUUAGACACAUAAACACAACAAUACUUGGACUUACUUAUUUAAAAUUUAGAUUUAUCAGAGAGAACAUGACCAUAAAAUAAAAUAAAAUUUAGAUUUAAGGUGGGCACAGUGGCUCACACCUGUUAUCCUAGCAUUUUGGAAGGCCACGGCAGGUAGAUUACCUGAGCUCAGAAAACUUGGUCUCUACAAAAAACACAACAUUAGCCAGAUGUGGUGGCAUACUCCUGUCGUCCCAGCUACUUGGGAGGCUGAGGCAGGAGUAUUGCUUGAGCCCAGGAAGUUAAGGUAGAAGUGCGUCGUGUGCACACCACUGCAGCCCGGCUGACAAAGCAAGACCCUGUCUCCAAAAAUUAAAUAAAUAAAUAAAUAAAAUGUAGAUUAAUUUGCUAUUAUAUUUUCCAGGGUUUUUGCAGUUAUGUUCAUGACAGACUUUCCUAUAAUAUUCUUAUCAUUCUGCUCUUGCACUUGAAAGAAUGCGCAUACUGCAGUUGUGUGCAGAUGUUAUGUGUAUUUCAACUGGGUCCAGUUUGCUAAUCAGAUUGGCCAAAUUAUCUACAUCUUUACUGAUAUUUUUGUUUGUUUUUCUGUAAAUUACUGAGAGAGGCUAAAACCUGCCACUAUUCUUAUGAAUUUGUUUAUUUUUCCUUUGAGUUGUGUCAGUUUUUCUUUUAUGCAUUCAGAGGCUGUUAUUAGGCUCCUACCCAUUUAAAAUGGACAUUUUCUGGUAGAGUGAACCCUUUAUUAUGUGAAAUGGCUUUCUCUACCAUUCACAAUCGUAUUUUUACACUUUUUUCCUUAAUUUGAAUUUUUUAAUGUUCUUACAAUGAUGUCACGUCUCUUGAAUAGAGUUGUUGUAAUCAAGUCUGUCAAUUUUUAUCUUUCGUGUAUUUCGUUCAUUUACAUUUAAUGUAACUACUGAUAUAGUUGUGUUCAUAAAUACCAUCUUACUAUUU